ACCAAGCUGCAUUGUACAUCCAAUACAAUAUGUAUACAGUGAGCACAUUGAAAAGGGAGAGAACGCGUGUCUGCGAGGCUGUCAUGGAUAUCAAGGCAUUACCAGGGAUGACCCAAAUGCUCUUCGGGACAAACGACUUUGUCAUGACAGAUGUGCACGAAAGUUCCAGCUCGUUCCAGUGGAGAAGAAAGCUUGUAUGUUUGGCUGCAAAGUCAUGCUUAAAAUGCAUGCACACAAGCCUCCUGUUAAACAAGAAGACAUGGUGGUCGCACAGGAAAUUGAAGAGCUCCUCGGUAACAAAACUUUUAGUUCAUAUCGGGAGAGAAAACAGCCAGUUAGCGUAAAGAAAUCAUCUUCAGAAAAUGUGGCUCUCGCUCUAGGAGGAAAGUUUCAUAGUACUGCAGCAUCAACCAGUCAUGUAAAACCAGAAUUUUCAACUCACCAUAAGAUUACUAGUGCGGAGACUGAAGGACAAAAGAAUACAACAGUUGAUGUUCGGGGUAUACUUGGGAAUAGAACAAAGGGCAUGGAAACUCUCUCAACGCACGGUAAAAGAGGAAAGAAAACUCUGGCAAAGAAGGAAAGGCAAGCGGAAGAAAAAACCACACUCGAUCUUCUGACUCGGUUAAAGCGAAACGGCUUGGCUAUAGAAAAAGUAACGGAACCAAAGGACAGGACUUUCAUUACCGGUGAAACAAUUAGUCCAGGGGGAGUGGAGCCGACAAGUGGAAGUGAGUCCGUAUCUAAAGUAGGAAUGAGCUUCAACGUGAAACACCCAACAAUUGAGCAGAAAAUUCCUUGUGAGGCCAGGAAAUUGAGGCCCGUUAAGAAAGUGGAGUGUCGGAAGGGUAGGGCAAGGAAGAAGGGAGUACGGAAGGGUUGGGCAAGGAAGAAGGGUAGGAGGAGGAGGAAGCGUGCUGGUUCCCUUGACCUCUUACUGUUCUCAGUUAUUGAGCCCCACCGUGCCAUAACCACUCCUGAAACUGGUGCUGGUAUUGUGCAGUCUCUCUCAGACAACAUAAAGCCAUCCCCAGAGUAA